AUGAAAGAAUCCGAUUGGAAUGUUCAGACCUUAAAACCCAGCGGGACAACUAAAAGUUGGAGAGGGGUCGUUCUUGCUGCAGUUGUUAUAAUUCUUAUUCUCAGCAUCAUCAUAAUCUCUGUUCUUUAUGUAACUCCGAUUAAACUAAGUAAGGAUAAUGAAAUCGUGUCCCUGGAAUCACUACUUAAUUGGAGCAUUCAGUACCAAGAAAUCAUUUGGAUUUCAGAAAACAUAUUUGCCUAUGCAAAUGAUAAGGGACUGGCAGUGGUAACAUCUGAAUCGUCAGAAAUGGAUCAGAAGUAUUUGCGAAGAGAAGUGCUUAAUUUGUCUGCAGAAAAGGACAUCAAAGUAUCCAAAAUUUGGUCCUGUAUGAAUGGCAAUUACUUUCUCGUUAGAUACGAUAAUAUAAAGGACCAACACCCAGUGUUUGAGAUCGUUCAAGGUGGUAAAAGCAAUCCGAAUGCUGAUGCCCUGCGAAUACGCGAACUAAGGAACGAGAAAAUGCAAUUUCUACCUGUGGUUGCCGCUUCCUGUUUCCCCAAUAGUGAUGUAGUGGUUGCAGUUGCUGGUGGUCAUGUAUUCUCUACGCGUCACGUUCUAUCUGAUGUUAAUGCCAAUUAUGGAUUUAAAUGUCUAUCUUGUGGAAUAUCGCAUCAGAUCUUCGCUGAGUUAAGUCCAGAAUAUCAAGGUAAGUAA